AUGCUAGACGCUGGGAUAGGAAAGAAUCAUACAGGUGAGCGUAUUCAGGCAAACACCUCUCCAUCAGUCAGAACUGUCAUCUUCACUCCGAACUAUCACUUCUCCACUCAUCCGGAACUAUCACUUCUCCACUCAUCCGGAACUAUCACUUCUCCACUCAUCCGGAACUAUCACUUCUCCACUCAUCCGGAACUAUCACUUCUCCACUCAUCCGGAACUAUCACUUCUCCACUCAUCCGGAGCUAUCACUUCUCCACUCAUCCGGAACUAUCACUUCUCCACUCAUCCGGAACUAUCACUUCUCCACUCAUCCGGAACUAUCACUUCUCCACUCAUCCGAAAUUAUCACUUCUCCACUCAACCGGAACUAUCACCUCUCCAUUCAUCCGGAACUGUCACUUCCCCACUCAUCCGGAACUAUCACUUCUUUAA